GGAAACGGAAACGAUUGCAAAUUAACAAUCGUAUUAACAUUUGAUUUGUAUUUAAUCGAUAGAAGAAAGAUUUACGUUGGAUCCUCAGUAUAGGGAUCUAAUUGAAAACUAGAAAGAUAUUUCAGGAACAAAUGAACGUUCGCGUUACGUGAUAGGUAGAUAAAAAGCAUUCUUGGGGAUGAGCUUGCGCCCUGUGUGCUUGGGGACACACAGUAGGGGUGGUGUAUAAAAAGUUUCUAUCAAAGUCUCGACAGAUGGCGCGUCGUUCGUUGGGGGUCGAAGAAAUAGAGAUAUAUAGUCGCCGAUUGAACCGGUGAACUCGAGGAUGCAACCCCCGGCUGAGACCUCGGCAUCCCGAGCAACGGCAGUCGCGAGCAGUCGCGAGCUUCGUGCCGAACUGGGGCGAUGCUUGUCACUCGUUUACGCGAUCACGAACGUUCGUCAUUGCUGCUGCCGUCGGUAACGUUCAAACGUUAUUUCUUAGAUCCCUUUAACUGUUAUCUUCCUUGUCAGCCUCCUCGAUAUUUUCUUUCUUCCUUUCUACGACCCUUACGAAUAUUUCCUUAUUCUUCUCGACGCCAUCGCGAUCGGCUCGCAAGCUUCAACGACGCGACGAUACCCAGGUCGACACGUGAGCACGACGACGUUCUACCAACGAGAUGAGAGACGUCUGACCGUUCGGAGGUGGUGUAAGGAAUGGCCAGCAGUACGGAGGACUACGGCUCGGAAUUGCAGGAGCUGCAAUGGGGUGGUGGUAGCGGUUCUCAUUUUCUACGAAAUAAUUCUCAUUUUCUGAGAAGUGGUAGCGGAGGCUGUUACGAGGCUGAGGAUCUUGAACCAAAUAGCAGGCACCAUGCCGGUCAACACAGAGGAUAUUAUAGUCCGCCUGGCACCAGUUAUACCAUUGUCGAAAGACCACCCAGUGCUCCUCAUCAUCACUCCUCUCAUACGACACCUUACAGGCAUCGAACUCAUGCGACUUCCGGUACAGGUGCUAUUUCACCGGAACAAGUACUCAGGUUGUUCGGCAACGGUGUACCGGCGGAGAGACGUCAAGGUGAACGAAGGACACCUGCCUCGAGUCCAGCCAGCGUGGCCGCCGUGAGAAGUACGAGUUCUUCUCAACAAGGUCAUCAAUCGUCCGGUCAACAACAGUCCCAACAGCAACAACAACAGCAACAACAGCAGCAACAGCAACAGCAACAACAGCAACAACAACAGCAACAACAGCAACAGCAACAGCAAGGUCAGCAGGUUAUAGGCUCGAAUCCGCCAACUUCGCCAAGUUCGCAGCCUCUCAGUCUUCAGGAGCUCACCGUAAGGACAAUAACCAUGACGAGAGAUCCACCGGACUCUCAUCAUGGAUUUGGAAUCUGCGUGAAGGGUGGCAAGGACGCAGGUGAGAUCCGAAGUACCUUCAAGCUACCCCCGUCGCCGUACUUCGUGCCUCGAGAACGAGUCUGCGAAUUGUUCUCAGGGGUGGGUGUCUAUAUCUCGAGAGUGGAAGAAGGUUCAGUGGCCGAGCGAGCUGGACUCAGGCCAGGGGACACCAUUUUAGAGGUGAAUGGCACACCCUUUCAUGCGGUGACCCACGAGGAGGCCCUCAAAAUGCUGAAAUCCUGUAGGACUUUGAGUAUGACGGUACGUGGACCGGCAUUAGAUCCUCGUUGCAGAGUUGGUCAUCCUGUUUGGCCAUCUUCGGGUCGUCAACAAUCUUGUAGUUGGAUGGAUCGUCAAGGAAGACCAGCCUCUCCGCCACCUUUUUAUUCCUCCAGAGAUUCCCGAUAUGGACCACGAACGCGAAAGGUCGAACUAUGCAUCGAACCAGGCCAAUCCCUUGGUCUUAUGAUCAGAGGUGGUCUCGAAUAUGGCCUUGGAAUAUAUGUCACUGGAGUAGACAAGGACAGUGUCGCUGAUCGUGCUGGACUUCUGGUUGGGGAUCAGAUUAUAGAGGUCAACGGACAAAAUUUCGAGGAAGCUACACACGAUGAGGCUGUACAGAUAUUAAAAACAAACAAGAGAAUGAGUCUAUUGAUACGAGACGUAGGAAAGGUACCUCAUUCGUGUACUACAAGUCAACCAAUAGUGAUGCCAACGAGAUAUCCCGAACACGAUCCUCUUAUUCUCGAAAGUCCUGGAAAUCAUCGACCGCCUAGUCCUGCAAGCAGUACGAACGAAUGGAGACAUCGUGGAGGAAUUCACACGGUUUCUGCGGCUACAGCAGCGAUGGUGGAAGAAAAGGCGAGGGUCGUUCUCGCGAGAAGCGAAAGGGCUGCACUCUCUCAACUUCUUGCCGAUUAUAGAACGCGAAGACUGACGGUGGAGGAGCUGGUUGCGAAUCUUGCCGAUCUUUUGAAUACCCAUGAAAAAUUGACGCUUCUAACGGAACUCAGAGAACUCGUUGAUAGCAAGGAUAGAGCUGCUUUCGAUGAAUUAGUUUACAGACCACGCAUCACCAUGGCUAGGAGGGGUGUACCCGGUGGUUGUUGCCGUCCGGGACGACUGGUGGACGUCGAGGGAGAUCCCCUGGGAGUGACAGGACCUCUCCUGCCACGGGAUAAUCAAGAGUAUAGGUCACCGAGCGAGGACAGCGGUCUCGGGGCUGAUAUCCCCAGGACCAGAGUGACCUGCAGGAGGGCUCAACAACAUCAGGUGACUACCUCCGACCUCGCCCUCUCCAACGACGACGAGUGUGAUAAUCAGGAUUACGAGGACGAUAUAGACAACGGACGAGGACGAAGACAUAGCUCGCCUGCAGGAUCUCGAGGAAAUCCACGAGAUUACGGACAUCAUCAUCUUCAUCCAGAUAAUUUGGAGAGCGACGGAGGAUGCGAUGAUAGCGACGCCGAGAUGAUCGGUAAUGGGAGGCGCGGAGGAGGAGGAGGAGGAGGAGGAGGAGGAGGUGGAGGAAUAGGAGGAGGAGAAAGGGAACGCGAUUUGGAGGAGGAUGAGGAAGAAGGAAGGGAAGAGAGGAGCUCGGAUGGUGGAGGUGGUGGAGGUUUCGGUGGUUGGAGGUCCCACCUACUCGGUGGGCUGACGCAGCGUGUGAAAUCCUGGUACUGGGGCGCCAGGCCCCUCGAACUCGCGCACAAGCUCUCGCGAAGCUUCGAUAUGCAAGAAGCACAAUUACUCGAGGAAGGUAGUUCCGGUGGAGGUUCUGCUACCGGAAGUGGAGGACCAGGUGGACCACCUAGAAGACAUCAUAGUGCUCAGAGAUUAACUAGAAGCGAGAUGUCCGAUAGAAGGGAAGAAGACGGUGCUUUAGUUGUACCGGAUCAUCAGGGAAAUCUUAGGAUCACUGUGAAGAAAACUAAAUCAAUUUUGGGUAUAGCAAUCGAAGGUGGUGCUAAUACUAAGCAUCCUUUACCGAGGAUCAUUAACAUUCACGAUAACGGAGCUGCUUACGAAGCUGGUGGAUUGGAAGUCGGUCAGCUUAUUCUCGAGGUCGAUGGUCACAAAGUUGAAGGGCUACAUCAUCAGGAGGUUGCUAGAUUGAUCGCCGAGUCAUUCGCACGUCGUGAUAGAAACGAAAUCGAGUUUCUUGUAGUUGAAGCGAAGAAAAGUAACCUCGAGCCAAAACCAACGGCUUUGAUCUUUCUGGAGGCGUAGCAGGAGUCCCCCACCUCCGAGCCGGAACCGCCGUAGUAAGAGGCUCUUCUCGACAAUCUAGAAAAUCGGCCUCGAAAGAGAAUCGUGUUUUAACAUGAGAGAACAUCUAAUUCUUGACUUAUGAUCGAUUAUGAUCUAUUAUGAUCGAUUAUGAGAGUAAGAAUUUAUUCUCGAUUCGCUGCCGAAUUUUCUAUCGGUCGUUCCUCAACCUGGCCCUGGUGGUGGGACCUUUCAAUAUUGAAAUAACAAAAAGAAGACACGUAGAAAAAUAAAAAAAAAAGAAGAAGAAAAAGGGACAUUGGAAGGAGAAAGAAAGGGAGUAAAGAAGGAGGAAAUCUGUGAUCGGCAAAGUUAAUUGUUCGAAGCCAAGAUAAAAAAGUAAAAAACGAGAUCGUCGCGUUUGCAAGGAAGACAAAGAAUCGAGGGUACAUAAUUACCGGUUACUUUUAGGUCAGAUCGAGGCCUUCUUGACCUGCUUACUAAGAAAAAAAAAAACAAACAAACAAACAAAGAACUGGAAACGUACGAAUCCGGUAAUAAACUUAAAGUGUUGCUUUCUGAUAAAUCCUAUAGUACUCCGAUAAGGAAUGAAAUACUUGAAUGUACGAUUAAUCUAUGAAGAAAUGAAGAGGGAGACUCGUGAACUGUGCCAAAACUAUUUAGAAAAAAUGGUCUUUCGUCUUAGACAUAUAUACAUACAUACAUACAUACAUACACGCAUACAUACAUACAUACAUACAUACAUAGAUACAUAUAUACGUUAUUAUGGUAUUACAUUAAUUGUCACGAAAGGGAGAGAUCCUUUUGAUCGGUGUUACUUCGUACGAUUAUACGAGUAUAAGAUCAAAAUUGAAAAAAAGAAUAUGUGAUUUAAUGAGAUUUAUACGAUAUAUCGACGUUUCGAAGGAUAACAAGAUAAAAAUCUUCUCUCGAUAGUUCCUUUUUUUCUGAUCAUCUUAAUUUUUAACGAAAAAAGAAAAAAUAUACAUAUAUAUAUAUAUAUAUAUAUAUAUAUAUAUAUAUAUAUAUAUAUAUAUACAUCCUAUAUGAGAUAACGAUAUAUAAUUGAGAUUUUAUGAAAAGUGAAAUAAGUUUAAUUAAAAAAGGUUUCCUUAAAUAGAAUGGAAUGCGUUUGAGCGUUUUACGUAAUAAGAUGAGCCGAGAUAGCGGUAAACGAGACGCUCGAGAAACGCGACGUCGACGAUAAGGACGUAGUAGUAGUAUAACGCGACUCUACGUCAUGGGUAAAGCGGAUAUUAAUAUUAGAAAGUCGAUAACGGGGCGAACGGCCGACUGGACUCGAGAGAAAGAGAGAAAGAGAAAAAGAGUGUAUAUGUAUGCGUGUGUGUGCGUGCGCAUAUAUGUAUAUGCAUGUGUAUGUCUGUGUGAGACCUUGCGUCCUUCGAAACGUGGAUAUUACACGUCGAUCUAACAAUAAGUAAAAAGAUAAGAAAAAAAAAAAAUUGAAUGAACGACACGGUUAAUUUGUAUCAAGAGAUAGUUACCACUGAUGAAGAUAAUGAAUUACAGACAAAAACGUACAAAAACGAUCUAUCGCGCAUUCUAAGCUUCGAUAAAACACAGGUUAAUAUUAAUUAAUAUUCCGAGUUGAGAUAUUCUCCCGACAUUGAUAAUUAUUUACGUAAGAUCGCCAACAAAAUGUCCUAUUAUCAAUGCGUUAAACAAUGUUCAAGGAAUGUUCGACGAUUAGAAAAAUAAUACUAAUCGGUACAAUGUCAUGCGAUCGUAAGCAGUAGCAUCAAGAACAACAAGAACAACAACAAGUACAGACUUAUUAUGGGAAUUGUUGAGAUUUAUUAGAGUAUAUAUAUAUAUAUAUAUAUAUAUAUAUAUACAUAUAUAUAUUACGAUUAUUGUAGUGGAAUUGCAAGCUGUACCUAUCAAUGCGUUUGCGCUCGCUAUAUGUUUACGCGCGUAUACUGUGACGGCCGAAAAAAAAAUAAUGAUAAUGAUAAUGAUAAUGAUAAUAAUAAAAAGAAAAAACGAAAAAAAAGAGAAAUUAUAUAUUAAAGAAAGAAAAAGGAAACCAAAAAAAAAACAAAGGAUAUUUUCAAAAGCUGUUAUUUAGAAGCGUAUACGUAUGUAUUUAGCUGAAAGCCUGUGACCUUCGAUGCCGAAGAAAUCGCCAACGAUCUAUUAAAAUAUCUUUCUAUUGAAAAUUGUGAUAAUCUGAUUUUUUUCUUUUUUUAUUUUCUCACUUAAACGAUCCGAAAAAGAUAGAUAUUCAUUUGAAUGAAUACACGGUGUUAAAUCGAUAAAUCGAAAUUCUCGAUCGUUCGUGAUUUCUUAUAUGAUUGUAUGUACAUGCUUGUAUGUAUCGAUCCCGAGGGAAAAAAAAAAACAGAUAGUAGGUGAAUACAAAUCGAGAGGAAUGUUUGAAGAAAAAAAAAAAAAAAACACACAAGAACAUAUAGGAUGAAACGUAAAAAAUAAAAGAACAAAAAGUGAAAGAAGAAAAAAAGAAAAAGAAGAAGAAGAAGGAUUCAGGCCAUGUAUAUUUAGCAAUUACGGUAGACAGAUACGAGAAGUGACAAAGGACAAAUCUGCUAAAUGUGCCAAAAAAAAAAGAAAAAAAAAUAGUAGCCUGCAAUUUACCGCGGAGUGGUCAAUGUAUGUAUAUACAAGUUUAAUUACGGUAAUGAGCGACGAAGACACGAAAGAGAGAAAGAGAGAGAGAGAGAGAAAAUAACAAAGAAAAGAGAAAGGAAACAAAAAUGAUUUCGUUCCUGACGUAUAAUCAAGUACAUACUUACUAUAUUUCUUGAUUUUAUCAAGUACACGAAGAGAUUAUUGAUUAAAGAAAAAGAAGAAGAAAAAAAAGAAGAAGACUGCAACAGAAGAGUAUAGAAAAUUCGAUAAAGACAGAAAAUGAAAUAGACAUGAAAGGGGUAACGAGACGAAAGAAAAACAAAUCGAAAAGAAAAAAGAAGUGAAAAACAUAGCCUUACAUGGAAGACAUAAAACACACACAAGCAAGCACGCACGUACUGAUUUUUCAAACGAAUUUAUCUCUUUUCUUCAUUAUUUUUUAUUUCUUUAUUUUUUUCCCUUUCUUUCUUAACUUCUUUUCUUAUUUCUUUAAUAUAGAUCGACAUAGCACGCGAGUCUGGUCACCAUUCAAAUCGUUUCGAAAAAAAAUCUGUUGGAAAUUCGAUCGAGACGAAUCCUUUCUUUCAUCUCGGCGCGAAGAACAUUGAACAAGCGACGUUAUCUAAAACCGUGGAAAUAUUUUUGUAAAGCUUCCUACGAAGAACUUCAUGCAAUUCAAGAAAAAAAAAAAUAAGAAAGAAAGAAAGAGAGAGAGAGAGAGAGAGAGAGAGAGAGAGA